AUGAAAACAACAAUUAUUCUUCUAGCCGCCCUGUUGGUUCAACUAAGUGUCUGUCAGGAAAUUCUAAUAAAUCCUGGCUUUGAGGACCCAGAUUUGUCUACAUGGAAGACCUGGGGUUUUGUAAUGGUGAGCGAAACCGAUGACGUACAAGAAGGUAAAAGAGCUGUUCGAGUAACCAACAGAACAGCCAAUUGGCAAGGCCCUGGACAAGAUCUGAACAUCACAGCUAAUGGUCGAUACAAGUUUAAAUCAGUUGUCAAACAAUUAAAUGAUCUACCAGGAAAAAUGUUUCAAUCUUUGAAAAUGACGAUUUCCUACACUUGGGCAAGUGACGGUAUCAAUAUUUUUGUAGUUUAUUUUAUUUAUAUAUUUGGUCACAGAUACUAGUAUUUUAUUUCACAAAUUGAAAUGUGG